AAACAUAUCGAAAAGUGGUGCCAGUUGAACAUGUCCUAUUAAGACCCGACUCAUAUGUCGGCUCUAUCGACUCGGUAAAUGAAGAUAUGUGGAUAAUUGAUGAAUUGGAAAAGUUUGUUUCCAGAGAAAUUACCUACGUACCUGCAUUAUAUAAAAUAGUGGAUGAAAUUUUUGUAAAUGCUGUUGACAAUAAGGUUCGAGACCAAAAAAUGAACGUUAUUAAAGUUAAUAUUGACAAAGAAGAAGGCCAAAUUUCCGUCUUUAAUAACGGAAAAGGAAUCCCUAUUGAAAUUCACGAAGUUGAAGAUGUCUACAUACCUCAACUUAUUUUUUCUCAGCUUUUUACAUCUUCACAUUUUAAUGAUAAUUUAAAGAAAGUUUCCGGGGGUCGUAAUGGUUUAGGUGCUAAAUUAACGAACAUAUAUAGUACGGAGUUCAUUUUGGAAACAUCUUCAAAUGGCAAAAUAUAUCGCCAAACUUUCAGGAACAACAGUAAUGAAAUCGAAGAACCAAUUAUCAACAAUCACCCGUUGUAUAAAAAAAAGGGGGGGAUGGAUUCAAAAAACGAUUACACUCUGGUUAAAUUUAAACCAGAUUUUCAAAAGUUCAAAAUGAGUCGGUUUGAUGAUGACAUAAUUGGCCUCAUAAAAAAACGUGUAUACGACUUGGCGGGGAGUGUUGGGAAUAAGAAGGAUGCAAAAAUUAAAAAGAAUCAAAUCAAAAAUCAUAUGUGGAUAUUCAUCAACUGUUUGAUUGAAAACCCAUCCUUCGAUUCCCAGACGAAAGAAAAUCUUACAUUAAAAGCCACAUCAUUUGGAUCUACGUGUGAUCCAAGUGACGCUUUCUUUAAUAAACGGAUCGCAAAAUUGGAAGAUGCAAACAAGGCUGGUGGAAGAAAUGCUCAGGACUGCACUUUAAUCCUAACCGAAGGUGACUCUGCAAAAACUUUGGCGGUUGCCGGGCUUUCCGAAGUUGGACGUGAUUAUUAUGGAAUUUUCCCACUCCGUGGAAAACUUUUAAAUGUUCGUGAAUGUACCCACUCUCAGAUCAUGAAUAAUACAGAAAUUCAACAAAUAAAGCAAAUCCUUGGACUGAAGCAAGGAAAAGAAUAUACAUCAACAAGUGAAUUACGAUAUGGGCAUUUGAUGAUCAUGACGGAUCAAGAUCACGAUGGAAGUCAUAUAAAAGGAUUGAUCAUCAAUUUCUUGGAUCAUUUCUUUCCCUCCUUGCUAAAAAUUCCGGGUUUCUUAUGGGAAUUUAUCACACCAAUUGUAAAGUGUACGAAGGGUGAUAAAGAAGUAUCAUUCUUCACUAUGCCUGAGUAUGAAAAUUGGAUGGCGAAGACACCUGAUGCUAAAAAUUGGAAGGUUAAAUAUUACAAGGGUCUUGGCACUUCAAAUACCAAAGAAGCUAAACAAUAUUUUAGAAAUUUAAAGCGCCAUAAAAAACCUUUUGCACCUAUGAAAGAAGGUGAACGAGAGUUGAUCGAUAUGGCCUUUAAUAAAAAGAAAGCUGAUGAUCGCAAGACAUGGUUAAGUAAUUUUGAAUUCGGUACCUUCAUGAAUCAUGAUGAGCAAGAAGAAAUCACGAUCACAGAUUUCAUAAAUAGAGAGUUGAUCUUGUUCAGUCGAGCCGACAAUGAACGUUCGAUUCCAAGUGUCCUCGACGGAUUAAAGCCGGGACAACGAAAAGUAUUGUACACUUGCUUCAAAAAAAAUUAUAAGAAGGAAAUUAAAGUUUCUUCGCUAUCCGGGGCUGUUUUAGAACAAGCGGCAUAUCAUCAUGGUGAUGCGAGCCUUCACGGUACCAUUAUCGGAAUGGCUCAAGAUUUCGUAGGUUCAAACAACGUCAAUAUACUUCAUGGCGAGGGACAAUUCGGCACAAGGGCUCAGGGGGGCAAGGAUGCAGCUAGCGCGCGAUAUAUUAGCGUCACUAUCCCCGACAUUACACGAAAGAUCUUCAACCCACAAGAUGAUUCCUUAUUAACUUAUAUGAAUGAUGAUGGUCAGUUGGUUGAACCAGAAUGGUAUUUGCCAAUUCUGCCAAUGAUCCUUGUUAAUGGAUCCGAGGGAAUCGGAACCGGUUGGAGUUCAUCUAUCCCAAAUUAUAAUCCUCAAGAAAUCGUUGACAAUUUAAAACGAUUAAUCAAUAAUGAAGAAACGGUGCCGAUGCACCCAUGGUACCGUGGCUUCCAGAAUUAUGGAAAAAUCGGUGUUAAUGAUGACUUAAUCCGAAUAACCGAAUUACCAAUUCGUGUAUGGACGCAAAAAUAUAAAGAACGACUUGAGAAAUGUAUAUCUGGAACAUAUAAAAAAAUGCCAUGGAUCCUCAAUUACAAAGAACAACAUACGACAACUACCGUAGAUUUUACGGUCAAAUUAUCGUCAGAAAGUCUAAAAGAUUGUUUAGAAGAAGGACUUGAAAACCGAUUCAUGAUGAGCUCGCCCAUCGGAACGUUGAACAUGGCUCGAUUACUAUGA